AUGUUGUUCGAAAGGUUUGAAAUUAGAUAUGAUGAAACUUUUAAAGACAAUAUUAAUAAAUUUACUGGUGAAUUAGAAUCAUAUUUAAAUCAAUUUUAUAAAGCUGAUAAUAAUUCAAUUAAAAGAAUUUUCAAAUUAUCCGAUCAACAAUACCAACCGCGUUUAUUUGAAUAUAAUACAAGCAGAAUAUUAGAUGGUCGAACUGAAGAAUCUUAUGAUAUAGAUGAAAAUUUAAAAACUGAUUUUAAUUUGAGCAUUAAUAAUAAUGAUGAUGGAGGUGGUAGUUCUAAUGACAGUGAUUCACAUCAUGUAUACCAAAAAAAAAUAUGGUGUGAUUCUGGUAAUUCGAUGUUAUCUGAAGAUAUCUUAAAUAAUAAAGGAAAAUAUACCGAAAGAAUUAGUGAUGAACUGACAUCUUGUUCAAGCAGAAAAUUAGAUGAUUAUAGUCCUAAGUCAAAAGAAUUAAAAGGUUUAUUUAAUACAGAUGAAUUAAAUAAUUCAUUGAUCGAAAUUGAAAACAAUAUAGGAACAAAGUAUCCAGCAAUCAUCAUCGAAGCGCUUGAUACGUUGACAGCGAAUGAUGCAAACGAAGAGGAUGAAAGGAAAUAUGUCACAAACGCUUGUUCUCGCUGUAAAAAAAGACACAUAAAGUGUGAUGAUCAUGAACCUUCAUGCAAGAAUUGCGAAGAAAAAGGUUUUGCUUGCAAACGUAUUCCACCAACUAUUGUACGUGGCCGUCCCCUGGGUUUACUUAAUGGUCAGGGAAAAUGGAAAAAGAAAAAUGGAAAUAAUGGAGCCGAGAAAAAACCUAGACAAGCUAGAAGAAGACGGAAAGAAUUAACUAAACAACUUAAUAAAGGCAGUGCUGAUUCUGAUGGAGAUUCAUCAAUUUCCAAUAUUCACGACUUGGCAUUUCCAUAUACUUGUGAUAACAAUAACAAUAAUAACCUUGCCUUUGGAAAUGACGUUCAGAAUCCGCUAAAUGAUUUUAGCAACUUCGAUCAAUUCAACUCUGAUUUUUUUUCUCCCCAAACUCAACCUGGAAACUUUAGCAAUUAUGAUUUUGAUCCAAAUGCAUCAUUGAUUACUGAUAUAUCUAUUAAUUCUACGAUUACCACCGUUACGAACACUGAUUUUGAUCCUAUUAAUCUUGCUAUUAAUAGCUAUGGUGGAAGAGAUAAUUCACAAGAUCUAGAACAAUACUGUAAUUCGUUAGUGCACGGUUUGCCAGCACCGACUGGACUAUUUAAUAUUAAUAUUCCUUCAUUUACGAACGAACAAUAUUUGAAAGCUGCAGCACUUAUUUCAAGUACAAACGCUGCAAUAAAUGUAGCAACACCAACACCAAUUAUUAAUAAUUACGAUCCUCUUGGAGAUUUAUCCCAAGAUUUAGCUCCAAAUUUUAAUGCUGAAUCAGAAAAAUGGUUUAAUGAAAAUAACGAAGAAAUAACAAGAUUAUUCCAAAAAUAA